AAUACAGCGCUUCCGGUCGUGCAGAGCUCGGCGUGGAACGCAUGUGACUAUUUCUAUAUCUCACUUAUAAUGCCUGAUUUAAUUAUAGACUUUUUUUUGAAUAAGCAUUAUUUGUUCGCAGAUUAAAACUAUUUGUGAUAAAUAAUGGAAAUUGAGGACAGAGAUUUCCUCAGUACACCUCCAAAGAAAACUGUGCGUUUUGGAGGCACAGUUUCCAAUACAUUAGCUAAACUACAAAAGGGCGACACAAGUGAUUAUGAAUUGAUAAAACAUCAACUCUCAGAUCCUGAUAUUAAGGACGCUCAAAUUAUCAGCUGGUUGCACGAAUUCAGGACCUGUGUCACUCAACUUGGCAAAGAUCAUGAGCAAUUAAUAUAUGUUGUUUUGAAGCUGCCAUGGCUCGGUCGCAGUCAGGCUGUGGUGGAAGAAUAUCUGGCUUUUCUGAGUAACCUGGUGUCAGCCCAGACAGUUUAUCUCAGAGCCUGUCUCAGAAUGGUCAUCUCUAAUUUUGCACCAAAAAGAAUAAGAAUCCAGGAAGGAAAUGUGGAUAUUUCAGAUUCUGAUGACGAAGAUGAAAAUCUCCCGAGGACAUUUGAUCAGUGUCAUCAAGCCUUGCAGCUGAUUGCAAGAUAUGUUCCAUCAACCAGUCGAUUCCUGAUGCCAAUCCUUUCUGAUAAGUUCCCUUUUGUGCAGAAAUCCUCCAGAACACUUGAGUGUUACGUGCACAACCUGUUGAGAGUUUCCGUCUACAUCCCUGACUUGAGGAGAGACAUCUUAGAGCUCAUCAUCAGCAAGAUGCUCACACUAGACGUAAAGAAAGGAAAACAUGAAAUCGCAUCAUAUGACCCCUUUAAUGUUUAAACAGUCAUAGGUCUUACUCAUUUUAAUUUCUCAUUUUGUAUUAAAAUGUGGUUUAUUCAGGAUGAGGAAGAGGACUCUCCACUGGAUUCAUCGAGACCCGAUCGAGCUGUGAUGGUCCAUCCUGUGGCAGAGAGACUGGACACGAUGAUGACUGUCCUGCUGGCUUAUAUUAAGGACAUUUGCCAUGUCAAUGGCUCAUUAGAUAUUGAGAAAACCAAAGCCCUGUACAGAGACCUGCUGUCUAUGUUUGAUAAGGUGGUGCUUCCCACUCACGCUUCCUGUCACGUGCAGUACUACAUGUUCUACCUGUGCAGCUUCCGCCUGGGUUUGGCUGAAGCUUUUUUGGAUCACUUAUGGAAGAUGUUACAAGCCCCCAACCAGCCCCCCGUCCUGAGACAGGCUGCUGCUGGAUACAUGGGCAGCUUCAUGGCAAGAGCCAAGUUUUUGCCAGUAUCGACAGUCAAGGCCUGUCUGGACCUGUUGGUUCCCUGGUUGCACCUUUAUAUUAACAGUCAGGACUCGGGAUCCAAAGCAUUCUGUGACGUCAAUCUGCACGGCCCCUUUUAUACAGCUUGUCAGGCUGUGUUUUACACGCUCAUCUUCAGACACAAUGCCAUUCUGGAGGGCAAUAUGAAGAAAGGGUUGGUGUACCUUCAAGGUUUGAAUCUCGAGCGUAUAGUGAUGUGCCAGCUCAACCCGCUGAGGGUCUGUCUACCUGCUGUCACCAACAUGUUUGCAGCCAUCACCAGGAAGUACCAGCUCGUGUUCUGUUACACCAUCAUUGAGCGGAACAACCGGAACUUGUUGCCAGUGGUGAGCUGUUCAACGGGCGGCAGCUCGGUGUCCACUAACACAAACCCUCUGGAUACCUUCUUCCCUUUUGAUCCGUAUCUCCUGAAAAGCUCUGGAAAACUCAUUGAGCCAAUCUACCAGGCGUGGGAGGAGCCAUCCGAUUGUAUGAUAGAUGUGCCCAAGAAGGAAGUGAGAAAGGGGUCUAUGGAGGAAGAAGAUGACUUUCUGCACGGAGACUCAGUAGUGGGCAUGACUCCAGGUUCUUAUGACUCUCAUCUGCACAGUCCGCAGAGCGUUGGCUCUCCCCCUGUCUCCUUCCUACAGCGGCCUUUCUGAUCCACUGUUGUAGCGAUCAGCUGGUCACAGAUGGGCUGUUCAGCCCAACAUCACACCAGGAGGGGGUGCUCAGGGACUGCUUGUGAUGGCACAAAUUUGACUGGAGCCCUUCACACAGCAGCAUUACUGACCCCAGUGUUUGGCAGUAGUUUUACUAAACCCUCUACUUCACUUUAAGACUGCAUCAUAAAAUACAAAUAUGUGUUUAUUGAACAUUUGUGCUAUAUUAAUAGUAAAAUGAUAGAAACAUUGGUGGUUUAUCAAGUAGACAGUCAGCUGUAUUUUCUGUUUUCAGGAGAAACUGUCAGCACAAAUGUGACAGUUGUAAU